AUGAGAGAGGGUGGGGAUGAGGAGGAAAGGGAGGAGAGGCUGGGGAUGAAGAAGAAGGAGAGGAGGCUGGGGAUGAAGGAGGAAAGGGAGAGAGAGGGUGGGGCUGAAGGAGAAGGGGGAGAGAGGCUGGGGAUUAAGGAGGAAGGAGAGAGAGGGUGGGGAUGAAGGAGGAAAGGGAGAGAGAGGCUGGGGAUGAAGAAGGAAGGGGAGAGAGGCUGGGGAUUAAGGAGGAAGGAGAGAGAGGGUGGGGAUGAAGGAGGAAAGAGAGAGAGGCUGGGGAUGAAGGAGAAAGGAGAGAGAGGGUGGGGAUGAAAGAGGAAAGGGAGAGAGGGUGGGGCUGAAGAAGGAAGGAGAGGGUGGGGAUUAAGGAGGAAGAAGAAAGAGGGUGGGGAUGAAGGACGAAAGGGAGAGAGGGUGGGGCUGAAGGAGAAAGGAGAGAGAGGGUGGGGAUUAAGGAUGAAAGAGAGAAAGGGUGGGGAUAAAGGAAGAAGGAGAGAGAGGGUGGGGAUGAAGGGUAAGGAGAGAAAGGCUGGGGAUGAAGGAGAAAGGAGGAGGGAGAGAGGGUGGGGAUGAAGGAAGCUAUAUACAGUGGGGAAAAAAAGUAUUUAGUCAGCCACCAAUUGUGCAAGUUCUCCCACUUAAAAAGAUGAGAGAGGCCUUUAAUUUUCAUCAUAGGUACACGUCAACUAUGACAGACAAAUUGAGGAAAAAAAUUCCAGAAAAUCACAUUGUAGGAUUUUUAAUGAAUUUAUUUGCAAAUGAUGGUGGAAAAUAAGUAUUUGGUCACCUACAAACAAGCAAGAUUUGUGGCUCUCACAGACCUGUAACUUCUUCUUUAAGAGGCUCCUCUGUCCUCCACUCGUUACCUGCAUUAAUGGCACCUGUUUGAACUUGUUAUCAAUAUAAAAGACACCUGUCCACAACCUCAAACAGUCACACUCCAAACUCCACUAUGGCCAAGACCAAAGAGCUAUCAAAGGACACCAGAAACAAAAUUGUAGACCUGCACCAGGCUGGGAAGACUGAAUCUGCAAUAGGUAAGCAGCUUGGUUUGAAGAAAUCAACUGUGGGAGCAAUUAUUAGGAAAUGGAAGACAUACAAGACCACUGAUAAUCUCCCUCGAUCUGGGGCUACAUGCAAGAUCUCACCCCGUGGGGUCAAAAUGAUCACAAGAACGGUGAGCAAAAAUCCCAGAACCACACGGGGGGACCUAGUGAAUGACCUGCAGAGAGCUGGGACCAAAGUAACAAAGCCUACCAUCAGUAACACACAACGCUGGCAGGGACUCAAAUCCUGCAGUGCCAGACGUGUCCCCCUGCUUAAGCCAGUACAUGUCCAGGCCCAUCUGAAGUUUGCUAGAGUGCAUUUGGAUGAUCCAGAAGAGGAUUGGGAGAAUGUCAUAUGGUCAGAUGAAACCAAAAUAGAACUCGUCGUGUUUGGAGGACAAAGAAUGCUGAGUUGCAUCCAAAGAACACCAUACCUACUGUGAAGCAUGGGGGUGGAAACAUCAUGCUUUGGGGCUGUUUUUCUGCAAAGGGACCAGGACGACUGAUCCGUGUAAAGGAAAGAAUGAAUGGGGCCAUGUAUCGUGAGAUUUUGAGUGAAAACCUCCUUCCAUCAGCAAGGGCAUUGAAGAUGAAACGUGGCUGGGUCUUUCAGCAUGACAAUGAUCGCAAACACACAGCCCGGGCAACGAAGGAGUGGCUUCGUAAGAAGCAUUUCAAGGUCCUGGAGUGGCCUAGCCAGUCUCCAGAUCUCAACCCCAUAGAAAAUCUUUGGAGGGAGUUGAAAGUCCGUGUUGCCCAGCAACAGCCCCAAAACAUCACUGCUCUAGAGGAGAUCUGCAUGGAGGAAUGGGCCAAAAUACCAGCAACAGUGUGUGAAAACCUUGUGAAGACUUACAGAAAACGUUUGACCUGUGUCAUUGCCAACAAAGGGUAUAUAACAAAGUAUAGAGAAACUUUUGUUAUUGACCAAAUACUUAUUUUCCACCAUAAUUUGCAAAUAAAUUCAUAAAAAAUCCUACAAUGUGAUUUUCUGGAAUUUUUUUUCUCAUUUUGUCUGUCAUAGUUGACGUGUACCUAUGAUGAAAAUUACAGGCCUCUCUCAUCUUUUUAAGCGGGGGAACUUGGACCAUUGGUGGCUGACUAAAUACUUUUUUCCCCCCACUGUAUAUUAGGUCAUUAUUGUUACAAUCUCUAAGAAACUCCCUUUUGCAAUCUAAUCUCUGCAUUUCUAACGUAACUGCUCUCAUUUCGGCAUUCAGUUCCUGUCAGUAAGAUAGGAGUGCUGCACCCAGUGCCCAUGCUUUUUCUUGAGAACAUGAUCGGUCAAUAAAUCCCAUAUUGACAGUAUUUAGUUCCGUCCACAUCAUUUCAUCAUUCACAAGUUUCUUAAACGUCAAUGUCUGUCUGUCUGCCUCCCACGUAGAGAGAUUUCCCCACGACUAAGGACUCGGGUUCUUAAGUGACCUCCUCUUCCAGUCUGUUAGUAGGGGCUGGAUGAAAAUAGAUAAGGAGAGGAUAGUACUGUGUACACUAACGGACAGCACCCCUGAUGCUUUCCAUUUACUCUGUCAAAUACAUACUAGCACACAACUGUGUAGCCUACAGCAUGUGGUGGAAUGAACACCAGCCACGUGUAGUUUCAGGGUGGGGAGGGGAGGGGAGGGGAGGGGAGGGGAGGGGGUCCCCCAGGUAUCCAGACAGACAGGGAGGAAGGCGAGAGCAGGGAUACCUGACCCAUAUUCCUGAUGGAAGAGGGAAACCACUUCCUCCCUCCCUCCCUCCCUCCCUUCCUCCAUCUCCCUCCCUCCCUAUCCGUUCCAGUUCGGGUCCUCCCUGUCAUAUGUACACACACGUAAACUGUUUAUUUAAACAAGCAUUCAUGAGGUCUACCUCUAGAGAGAGAGAUAGAAAGAGAAAGAGAGAGAGAGAGACAGAGAGAGACAGACAGACAGACAUACAGAGAGAGAGAAAGAGAGAGAGAGCGAGAGAGAGCGAGAGAGACAGACAGAGAGAGAGAGAGAGAGAGAGAGACAGAGAGAGAGAGAGAGAGAAAGAGACAGAGACACAGAGAGAGAGAGAUUAUAAAGCUCUUACAGAAACUUAAUCCAGAAAUACUAAGGAUCGUACAGUAUGUAUGUCACGAUCGUUCAUGAACGAGAAGGACCAAGGCGCAGCGUGAUAUGUAUUCAUAUUUAUUUACGUACUGAACACACGACAAAGCAACAAACGAAACGUGAAGUCCAAGGUAGACAAAAUAACAUACCUCACACGGAACAAGAUCCCACAACUGACUGGUGCCAAAAGGCUGCCUAAGUAUGGUCCCCAAUCAGAGACAACGAGCUACAGCUGCCUCUGAUUGGGAACCACCCUGGCCAACAUAGAUCUAAACGAUCUAGAAACUAAACAUAGAAAUAAACACAACACGAAAUAUACACACCCUGACUCAACAAAUAACCGUCCCCUGAGUCAGGGCGUGACAAUGUGUCUAUGCUAAAGCAUCCGGAACCUUUCCUACAAGCCGCACUACAGGUGAAACUGGCAACAGUCCAGUCUUUGAGACGUCAACUUCUAUGUGUCAAUGUGGUAAUACAAUUUGAAAGGACCUGGGAUUCCUCUAACUCCUACAUUCCCUUUUAUUAUAGACACUAAAUGUCUUCACUACAUUUUUGCACUGAUUGCAUUUUAAUCUCUGUAUCUGUCGCAGGAGGUUGGAAUACAUACAGGAAUUGUAUAGGCCUUAGUUGCAUCUAUCACCAACUCAGUGGUUAGUGUCCCCAGUCGAGUCAUACCAAAGACUGUUAAAAAUGGGACCUGAUGCGUCUCUGCUUCAGUACUCAGAUAGAUUAGGAGUAAGGCCCUGUGAUAAACUAGCAUCCACUUGUACAGUACAUCAAUCUGCUCAACUGCAUCUAUCUGCAAAAAAAAAAAAAAAAAACGGGUUUUGUAAGAUGUGACACAUAGGUUUAGUAUUAGUGGUAUACCUCACUGUUGCUGUGGUGACCAUUAAAUUAUUUGUUCCAUAAAAAGUACCACCAGUGCUAUCUUCAUUCCGUUUUUUGCGUUUCAAUAUGCUAUUGUUAACCAAUGAAACUCUGUAGAAUAAUCGGGAAUAAUCUGAACAUCAUUUGGCCCUUGGGGCUGCGCCUCUGGGUUACGUCCUAUUGUUUACAGCGCCUCUAUGUCAGGGGACGUGCGCGCGGCACGGUGGAUUCACCUGAACGCAGCUCACGUGAGCGGUCCUCCGGAUUCAGCCAAUCAGCGGCGCGGACAGGUGCUCCUCCAUGAGGACAGUUUCGGAGGCGGAAACCUUCAGGUCAAGGUAAAAGACAGACGCCUCCUAUAAAGUUGUACAUUUAGUCGUAGUUUCUCAGAGAGUCACUGAACCAACAACGAGUUAUGAGAUCUAAUCAAAUUAAUGAUAGUUAGGUGAGGUUUAAAUAUAUUUUUUUCAACCGUGGAAAGAGAAUGAGUGGAGAUAGCUUGCGCUGAGAAUCCGUGUGUAAAGGUAGACGCACUUUUCGGACGCACAACAAAAUAGUCGUUUCUACUGACUCCACAAGAGAUCAACCAUGGAUUCUGACAUCAACACAGACUAAAGUUUGUUCUUGAAGAGGUCCGACCCGCUCCAGUCCAGCCCGAAUAGUGCAGGUGAGUGGCCCGGUGGUGGAGAGAUGCUUAUAGCAUCGCUGAGCGGUGAAUCACAGCUCUGUCUCAGCUGUUCUCACGGCUCGUUAAACCUGUUCUACAUAGAUACAGAAAUAGUUACGGAUAUUAUAGGCUGUGUGUGCUGUUUUGUGUUUUGCAAAGAAGUUAUGUAUUCAUAUUCAUAUUCAUAGGCUUUCACUGGCCAAGAAGAACAUAAUGGCAUAAUCAGUGUGCGAAUGAGACAUGAGCUCCCAUAAAUCCAACGUUGAGGGGACGCUAAUUUAACAAUUAUCCUAUUUGUUUUACUGCUACAGUGAUAAUAUGAAAAUAAAAAGUUCAUUCCAAAUUAAACGAACACCUUUCUGUCAUGCUUUAAACCAGUGACAGUUGGUUCAGGUUGUCUACUCUGCCUCUCUCUCUCUCUCUCUCUCUCUCUCUCUCUCUCUCUCUCUCUCUCUCUUCCAUCCCAUAAUCAUAGAGCUAUAAUUGAUGGUGAUGAUGAUGAUGAUGAUGAGUAUGCAUUAUGCUGCCCAGGAUGUUUGGUGUAAAACCUCAACAUGCGCAAUUAUACCGUCAAUAUUGUAAACAGUUAUUACACUGAAAUAACACUGUACCUACCCUAUCGAUAUUAAAUCACUAUGACAACAUAUGUUUUAGAUAUACUGUGUUGUCCAUGUUUCAGUGAUACUUGACAUAAAGGUGGACCUGUUAAUGUCUCUGGCAGGGUGGAAGAUGGCAGAGAGAGUGACUUGGUGGAGGUCAUUCAUGGUGGGCAGUAAGAGGACAAACAGUACCACGAACAGCACCACAGACACAGUGAAGGACCCUCUGACGCCCCUGGCUACACCACACUGUAAGUCAUCUCAGCCCCCCAGAGUGAUAUAUGCCAUUUAGAAGACACUUUUAUUACAUUUUUUUUACAUUUUAGUCAUUUAGCAGACGUUCUUAUCCAGAGCGACUUACAAGAGCAAUUAGGGUUAAGUGCCUUGCUCAAGGGCACAGACAGAUUUUUCACCUAGUCGGCUCGGGGAUUAGAACCAGCGACCUUUCGGUUACUGGCACUACGCUUUUAACCACUAAGCUACCUGCCGCGACUUACAAUCAUGUGGGGUUUUUUUUUUACGUAUGGGUGGUCCUGGGAAUCAAACCCACUAUCCUGUCGUUGCAAGCGCCAUGCUCAACCAACUGGACCAUUUUAAUGUUAAGGCUAUCAUGACAGACUACCCUGUAUGUUACGUUUUAGAAACGGAUUGUGUGUUUACCUUACAUUGUUCCAGGUGCAUAGAGAGGAAAUAACCUCUGGCCUCCUCUGUAUGCCCCAAAAUGUUAAGCUACCUUGAAAUCAUAUAUCAUGCUUGUAUUCUACUCUACUGUUCACAGCAGCAGCCCCCAAACUCCCAACUGACCAACAACUAUCACCAGCAUCACAACAACCACCAGCAUCACAACAGCCACCAGCAUCACAACAACCACCAGCAUCACAACAGCCACAGGCAGAGCAGUCACAGGCACCAGUCAGUACAGACACCAGUCUCUUCAGCGACGAGACCUUCGAUGACUCCCAGUUUGAGUCGGUCUUCAACGAACAGACGUGUCGUAGGAACCUGAGGGUGUCUCGGUCAGGCCGGUUUAAGGAGAGGAAGAGGGUACGCUCCAGUCUUCCUACUGGGAAAGAGGACGUGUGA